AAGUAAGCAUGCGUGUUUACGUCCUCCUUUAACUAAUCGAUUCUGUCUGCCAUGUGACUGCAUAACCCGCUCACAUGAGCGCCGAGUUGCAUGAUCCGCUUUAAGUUUUUUCAAGUCCGCUGAUACAGCUCGCCGCUGAGACAGGAGCUGCCAUGGCGAGUGGCGGCGAGCAGAAAGCGGUGCUGAUCACCGGCUGCUCCUCCGGGAUCGGACUGCGGAUCGCAGUGCUGCUGGCCAGAGACGAACAGAAGCGUUACCAUGUUAUUGCCACUAUGAGAGACCUGAGAAAGAAAGACCGGCUGCUGGAAGCGGCGGGUGACACAUAUGGAAAGACCUUGGCACUGCUGUCUUUGGAUGUGUGCAGUGAUGACUCAGUCAGGCAAUGUAUUGACAGUGUCAAGGACCGCCACAUCGACAUUCUCAUUAAUAAUGCAGGUGUGGGUUUGCUGGGCCCUGUGGAGAGCAUCAGCAUGGAUGAGAUGAAGAGAGUGUUUGAGACCAACUUCUUCGGAACUGUGCGCAUGAUAAAAGAGGUCAUGCCAGACAUGAAGAAGAGGCGAUCCGGCCACAUUAUCGUCAUGAGCAGCGUAAUGGGCCUGCAGGGUGUGGUAUUCAAUGAUGUCUACACGGCCUCUAAGUUCGCCAUAGAGGGCUUCUGUGAGAGUAUGGCUGUGCAGCUGCUGAAGUUUAAUGUGAAACUAUCUCUGAUUGAGCCAGGCCCAGUGCAUACAGAGUUUGAAACAAAGAUGAUGGAAGAGGUGGCCAAGAUGGAAUAUCCUGGAGCAGAUGCAGACACAGUCAGAUACUUCAAGGAUGUGUACAUACCAUCAUCCAUUGAUAUCUUUGAGGCAUUGGGACAAACCCCUGAGGACAUUGCUAAAUGUACCAAGAAAGUGAUUGAAUCCAGCCGACCCCGAUUCCGGAAUCUGACCAACAGCCUCUAUACGCCCAUUGUGGCCAUGAAAUACGCAGACGAGACCGGAGGACUCUCAGUGCACACUUUCUACAACCUGCUUUUUAACUUCGGCUCUCUUAUGCACAUCACCAUGAGCAUCCUCAAAUGCCUGACAUGCAGCUGCCUGCGCAGACGCACCAUUUCUCCUGACUGAAGAGGGCAGCAGUGAGACACACACACUCCCAAUUCCCUCAGUUUACAGUAGAACAGGACACAGCUCAAUGCAACAAACUGGAGAAUACAAUACCUCGAAGAAAUAAUCCACAUUAAAACACACAUGAUUCAUUUGGAUUUUUUUUUUAAACAACACAUAAUGUUUUAUUAUAAUGCCAACACCUCUAUUCACCUAAUCAAGUGAGUUACUGUUAAAGCAGACAUUGUCUUUAAAGGAGUGAGUUAAAGUUAUUACCGUGAAUGUGAAUUUUUAAGCAUUUUGCUUUUACAAAAAAGAAAAACUGGUACAACUGGUUGAUUCAACUGAAAAGUAUCACAUAGCUGCCUUUAUUUGUACUAAUGAUUUACAAGUAAAUGUCUGUUUAACUCUUUCCCCACCACUGACAGAAUUUUCCAGCUUUCUGUGUUUUCACUCUUGUACAGUAGGAGGCACUAUUACGCAUCUUCUGAAAGAGUACUGAAAGUCUGGAUCAAAACAUGGCUGGCAGAGACUAGUCUGGGAGUAGACAAGUCUGAAGCUCUUAGGGUAGAGGACUGACGCAUUGCUGUUGCCACAAGUUAUUUUGAGGACUGACUACCGAAGAGUCAAAAUAUAACAAACUUGGGAAGACCGAGGACGUUGAAGUUCAGGUAUUGUAAAUAUAGUACAUUUAUGUACUGCAAGGAACUUGGACUGGGAUUAUCGACCGAUGGCCUCUAUAGGUCUGAAACGAUGCUCGGACAGUAAGAGUAAUAGUAUGGUUUGCAAUGAAGAAUAUGAGAGAAGAAUAAAUGAGUGGGAAAUCAUGGGAAAGAGAAAGAAUGGAAAAAGCCCGCAAAGGAAGAAAAAAAGAAACACCCAGCAUCGUAAAGUGAAGGAAGUGAAGAGAAAGAGAAAGUAACGUAAGAGGGUCAAAUGAAUGUAGUUGUUAGACCGGAUUAAAUUAACAAAAAUCAUUAAAGGAUAUAUUGGAGAAGUGAAAUAUGCGAGGAUUCUAGGAGAUGGGCACUUGCUAAUUUGAAUGCAAUAAUAAAGUCCAAAUGGAAAAGGCUAGAAAACUGGCAAAUGUUGGAAAAGUUAAGGUCCUUAAGGUGGCUAGAGUUGGGGGAAAAGAAUGGGCGCAAGGGGGUGAUCUAUGGUGUUCCCAUUAAUGUUAAUGUAAGGGAACUAGUGGAAAACUUAAAAGUGAGAAAUGGCACAGUGAAAAGUAAGAAUAAUGACGAAAGGAGUAGAGAAAAGGAAACAGAAUCUGUACUAAUUGAAUUUGAGGGAAAAGCUCUGUUUUUAAAGGCCUAUUAAAAUGUUCAUUGUAAAAUGAAUAUAUGUUAUGCUUAUUUAUUUGAUUCUCAGUUCAAACAACAAUAUACAACAUUACUGUAAAUAAUACAAGCAAUACAACAUCUUUGGUAUUCUUUUAUCUGGAAAAAAAAGGUUAAUAGUGACAGUCAACAGAGAGCUUACAUAUCACUUAUAUAAAGCUUAAAUGAUCGGGAUCGUCAUCGAACAUGAUGACAAGAAAUCAGUCGUUCGUAUUGGCUGCAAAAGUCAUGGUCGGAGCACAGUGAAGCUAAUUGUGGAUGUGAAGUACUUAAAAAAGAGGUGGAGAUGCAGCAAAUAAGGCUAAACAAAAAGGUAUCAUAUGCUGAAGCAGUUCAUUUGGCUGGACAGGAAAAACAUAAUAAGGAGGGAAGAGGU